AUGGAUAAUCAUAGAGCCACUAUUGCAUUCAAAACUUUGCGGUCGAACUUGGUGAAUUUGCCUUCGAAUUUAACCAAUCUAUUAUUCACGGCCAAUAUUCAAGUACAAGAUGUCAUCAUAGAGAUUGUUUCCCCACCCGGAGCGGGUCUGCAACUGAAGGCAUCAAAGAAGUCAUCGUAUGCAGGGUGGUCUGGGAUGUCCUCUUCUACCUUGCAGAGCUUGGAAAUAGACCCGAUUUUUGCCCAGUCCUUGUCUAUCCCUGAUAAAGCAUUGGUAUACAUUAAUUUAAAGUUGGGCAACUACGAAGCGUCGAAUAUAAACUUGGAGCCCUUAACCAGUUCAGAUUGGGAGGUUGUUGAGUUGAAUGCACAAUUGAUCGAGGACAAGUUAUUGAGUCAAACACGUUGUGUUGCAUUGAAUCAAAUCUUGGUGGUUUAUCCCAACGCCAGCACCUCAGCAAAAUUGCUCGUGACUGACAUUGGAUCCACUGAACACAAGUACGCUAAGGUAUCCCCGUAUUGUGAAAUUGCAAUUGCUCCCAAAGUGAGAACGAAAAGCGAGGUGCCUGAAACGACUAGCGUUAGUAGCCGAAAGAGCUCAUCAAAAAAGGAGAAUUAUAAUGCAUUGCCCCUGGUUUUGAAAAGAGGGAUUAGUUUACCUCAUAAAUUAUACAGGAAUGUUGAGGAUAGUGGGUACAAAGUAUUUGUGAAUCGCAGCGAGAUACCGGACAAUUUCGGGCCGUAUGCUGCCGUGUCGAUCCUUCCUGGUCCAAAUGACUUGAAAAACACAUUACUGCAAGACAAUGACGUGAAGGAAAAUAAAAGAAUUGUAGCUGAGCUUGUGGACUAUGAUGGUGUUUCCAAUAAUGUAGGGUUGUCCCGGAACUUGGCCAUUGCUUUGAAUGCAUUUGAACAAACAGGUAACAUUGUUGUUUUAAAGCCAGCAGUUAGUGAAUUGCUCAAACGUCCCACUACCUUUAUCAUACAACCGUACACAAUCACCUCAAAUAAAAAAAAGGAGGUGAAUCAAACAAAAACAACCAAAUUGACCAAACAAUUAACCGAGGCAUUGUAUCCACAAAUAGCAGCUGUGCCGGUUACCAAUUUUAUGAAAGUCCCUAGUAUCGCUGGUGUAUUACCAUAUGGCGGGGUUUUGAGAUUUCGCAAAAAUGAAAAUUACAACGCUUGGAUCAAACCUUAUGAUUUAGGUAGAAAAAAGCCUAUCAAAAUCGAACUUGGAGAAGAUCUACUUCGCCCACAAUCAUUUAUCCAGGAAAUUGAACUCGAAGGCUCUGCUAAAGAAGCUGACAAGCCGAUUGGUAUUGACAAAGUUGUUUCGGAUUUGGUUGAUUCGUUUCUUGUGUCUUCAAACACAGGAACACUUGUAUAUGGUAAUUCAGGAAGUGGGAAGACUUUGUUUCUCAAACAAGUUAGUAAUAUAUUGAAUCAGGAGCACGGAUACUUUACCAAAUUUGUCUCUUGUGAGACGCUCAUGAACGAAUCAUUUCAAAACCUAUCAAAAAACCACAUUUUCAAAUGGCUACAGCAAUGUUCGUGGAACAAACCCUCAUUAUUGGUUCUUGACAAUAUAGAUAAAAUCAUGAACAUUGAAAUGGAAAACAUGGAUGCUACAAAAUCAAACCAAACUACGGAAUACUUUAUUUCGCAAUUGACAAAAUUGCAUAAUCAACCAAAUUCAAAUAUUUCUAUUCUUUGUUCGUCAACGUCAAAAGAAAGCUUGAAUAAGCUUUUACUUGGUUCUCAUUUGAUUGAAAAUUACCAUCAUGUGACUGCGCCUGAUAAACCUUUGCGUUUCCAAAUUAUUGAAAAGUACUUAACCGAAGAUUUAAAGUGUAAGUUGGAUGUGGACUUAAUGGACUUGGUUAGUGAAACCGAGGGCUACUUACCCAAUGACUUGAAGAUUCUUUGUCAUCGAAUUUACCAUCAGUGCUUAUCCAACCUGUCUAAUGAAGAUGAAGAAACAACCAACGUUGUUGAAUCCAAGCACAUAGAUGACGCAAUUAGCGGAUUCACUCCUUCGAGUUUGCGUGGUGUCAAGCUCCAAAAAUCGGGCACGAGCUGGUCCGAUAUUGGUGGGCUAACCGAAGCCAAAAGGAUUCUUUUGGAAACACUUGAAUGGCCAACUAAAUAUGCACCGAUUUUUGCAAAUUGUCCCUUGAGGCUUCGUUCAGGUAUUUUGCUAUAUGGGUAUCCCGGUUGUGGUAAAACAUUGCUUGCUAGUGCAAUUGCUGGACAAUGUGGGUUAAAUUUCAUUUCCAUCAAGGGGCCAGAGAUUUUGAAUAAGUAUAUUGGUGCUUCGGAGCAAAGUGUACGAGAAUUGUUUGAGCGUGCACAAGCGGCAAAGCCAUGUAUAUUGUUUUUUGAUGAGUUUGAUUCGAUUGCUCCCAAAAGAGGGCAUGACUCAACGGGUGUCACUGACCGUGUUGUUAAUCAAAUGUUGACUCAAAUGGAUGGUGCUGAAGGAUUGGAUGGAGUAUAUGUUCUUGCUGCUACUUCGAGGCCUGAUUUAAUUGAUAGUGCAUUGUUGAGACCAGGUAGAUUGGAUAAGAGUGUCAUUUGCGACAUGCCUAAUUUCGAGGACAGGUUGGAUAUCUUGAGGAGCAUAACCACGAAGAUGGACUUGUCUGAGGACGUAAAGUUGGAGGAAAUUGCAGACCAGACAGCCGGGUUCAGUGGUGCCGAUAUGCAGGGGUUGGGAUACAAUGCAUACUUGAAAGCUGUUCAUGUGAGACUAGAAGAAUUAGAAGCCAAAGAUAACGAUGAGGAACAAGGUAAAGAUGAUGACGAAAACGCAGUGGAGUUUUUCAAAGUUGGUGAUGCACCGAAAUUGAAAAAUCCCGAGAGGAUCAAAUUGUUGCAUCAAAUACAGCAAUUUGUUGCAAAUGAAAAGCAACUGGCUAGUGAUCACUCCAAACAGUCUAAACUGUCUCGUGUCGAGCAGCCCAAAGUGCAUAUCACGCAUGCAAAUUUUGUCGAAUCGCUCAAGGAGACAAAACCAUCAAUUUCCCACUCGGAAAAGACCAAAUUGACCAAAAUCUACUCCCAAUUUAUUGAUAGUAGAGAUGGUAACAUGCCAGAUGGAAGUGCAAGCAAUGAGGUUGGUGGAAGAACUACAUUAAUGUAA